AUGUCCUCACACGGCGUGCAACGCUGGGCACUGACGACCUGCUUGAUAUACCUAUUGCUGUCAUCCAGCUGCACGGCGACGGCCGGGAAGGUCCCGGCGAUCAUCGUGUUCGGGGACUCGACGGCGGACGCCGGCAACAACAACUACAUCCCCACCAUAGCAAGGGGCAACUUCCCGCCGUAUGGGUGCGACUUCGACGGCGGCGUCCCCACCGGCCGGUUCAGCAACGGCCGACUCGUCACCGACUUCCUGUCGGAAGCGCUCGGGCUGGGGUCCUCCGUGCCCGCCUACCUCGACGGCAGCUACACCAUCGACCAGCUCGCCACCGGCGUGAAUUUCGCUUCGGGGGGCACCGGGAUGGACGCUCUGACGGCCAAGGUCGCGUCAGUGAUAACCCUGAGUCAGCAGCUGGAGUACUUCAAGGAAUACAAGGAGAGGCUGAAGCUGGCCAAGGGCGACGCCGUGGCCGACGAGAUCAUCUCCGAGGCGCUCUACGUCUUCAGCAUCGGCACAAACGACUUCAUGGUGAACUACUUCUUCAUGCCUCUCCGCGCCGCGGAGUACACGCCGGAAGAGUACAUCAGCUACCUGGUCGGCCUCGCCGAAGCCGCCGUCCGCGACGUCCACGAGCUCGGCGCACGCAAGAUCAUGUUCGGUGGAAUCCCGCCCUUUGGGUGCGUACCGGCGAUGAGGACGAUGAACCAUGACGCUCCGGGGGAAUGCAACGAGGAGUGCAACCGGGUGGCGCUGAUGUACAACGCCGAGAUCCGGGCCGCCAUGGGCAGGCUCGGCGGCGAGUUCGGGGGAGGCGCGCGGGUGGUGUACGCGGAUGUCUACGACGUGCCGUACGACAUCAUUGCCAACCCGUCGGCGUACGGCUUCGAGGAAGUUGCGCAGGGCUGCUGCGGCACGGGGGCUAUCGAGACGUCGGUCCUUUGCGGCAUGGACGCGGCGUUCACUUGUCAGGAUGCUGACAAGUAUGUCUUCUUUGAUUCGGUUCAUCCUUCCCAGAGGACAUACAAGAUCUUAGCGGACGAUCUUAUCAGAAAUUCGCUGCAAGUAUUCAUGUGACAUUUGUGGCCAGGCCCUUCAUCAGUUUGUAGGUGUUGCGUUUAUCGCCAGGUGGCUUGGGUUAAUCAAUAUAUUUUCUUCUAGGCUCUUGGUGAAUAAUUUAAUAAAAAAGCAGAGAGAGGAAG